AUGAAUAGGCAGGGUAAAGCCCGAGUAUCGCGAUGGUUUUCAAGUUAUUCCGAUAGUGAGAAACUAAAGUUAAAAUCACAGGUUCACAAAUUAGUCUCUUCAAGAGAUCACAAACAUCAAUCAAACUUUGUAGAGUUCAAUGACAAUAGCAAAUUGGUCUACAAAAGAUUUGCGGGUUUAUUCAUAGUAUUUAGUGUCGAUCUAAGUGAUAACGAUUUAAUUUAUUUGGAAUCUAUUCAGCUAUUUGUGGAAGUGCUUGAUCUAUAUUUUGGUAACGUGUGCGAAUUGGACAUAGUAUUUAAUUUCUACAAAGUUUAUUCAAUAGUGGAUGAGAUGUAUCUGGGAGGUGAGAUAGAAGAGACAUCACGGAAUGUGAUAUUAGAAAGGGUGAGGUGUUGCGAGAAGUUUGAUUAA